AUGUCUUCUAUGGACUCCCUCUUUGCCGCCUACAAACAGAGGCAAGCUGCCCUCGAAGCAAGCGACAAUCCGUACGCCAGCGGCGUCGCCUGGAUCGCGGGGGAGCUCUCACCACUGGCAGAGGCGCGAAUCCCGAUUCUGGACCAGGGCUUCCUCCACGGCGACCUUUGCUACGACGUUCCCUCGGUGUGGGAUGGUAAGUUCUUCCGCCUGGACGAUCACAUCACGCGCUUCGAGUCCAGCUGCGCCAAGAUGAGACUCAAGCUGCCGCUGCCCAGAGACGAGCUCAAGGCGGUCCUAUUUGACAUGGUCGCGAAGAGCGGGAUGCGAGACGCCUAUGUCGAGCUCAUAGUGACCCGUGGACUGAAGGGCGUGCGAGGGUCGAAGCCUGAGGAGAUUGUCAACAACCUGUACGUUAUCCUGCUGCCAUACGUCUGGCUCAUGGACCCGGACAUGCAGUAUCGCGGCGGCAGCGCCGUUGUUGCCCGCACAGUCCGCCGGACGCCACCAGGGGCCAUGGAUCCCAUAAUCAAGAACCUGCAAUGGGGCGACAUGGUGCGCGGCAUGCACGAGGCGCAGGAUCGGGGAGCCAGCUAUCCGCUUCUCACGGACGGCGACGCAAAUUUGACGGAGGGCUCGGGAUACAACAUCGUGCUGCUCAAGGACGGAGCCGUCUACACGCCCGACAGGGGGGUGCUGCACGGGAUCACGCGGAGGACCGUCAUGGAGGUUGCGAAGGCCCAGGGGAUCGAUGUUCACGUCGAGGCCGUUCCUGUCGAAAUGGCGUACGUCUGUGACGAGAUGUUCAUGUGCAGCACGGCUGGGGGAGUGAUGCCGAUUACGGAGCUCGAUGGACGGCCGGUCAAGGACGGACAGGUUGGACCGAUCACGAAGACGAUCUGGGAUGGAUACUGGGCUCUUCACGGGGAAGAUGCGUAUACGACGGCGGUUGAGUACAAGUAG